ACACGCCUGUGUACCACUGAACUGAAUGCGACCUUGCUCGUGCUACGUUUCUGCCUGACGGUGAACGUGAUGGCUGCGGUGUGGCGCGCUCGGAAAUUUGCUCGCUGCGUCGUCCGUUUCUCCGACCGUGAUCUGUAAACAAAAAACAACACGCCGAUACUGCACGGGUUCCCGCGCCGCAACAAGACGUCAAAGAUACGCCAACAUGGCUGAAAGCAACCAAAAUGCCGGUGUUGGUUCUGUUGAAGAGGGGGAAGAUGAAAAUUCUGAAGACUCUAAUUUGCAGCUGGAGCUUAGUGCUUUUAGGGCUAAGUGGAUGUCAGAGCUGCGUCCUGGCUCUGGGAUUAAGACUGGACUGUCCAAAGCUGCUGAUCUAAAGAAGACACAGGAACGGGUCAGAGAGGAGAAAGCCCGAGAGCUGUUCCUGAAGGCUGUUGAAGAGGAGCAAAAUGGAGCCGUUUACGAAGCCAUCAAGUACUACAAAAGUGCAAUGCAGCUUGUGCCUGACAUUGAGUUUAAGAUCAACUACAGCAGAUCUCCUGAUCCAGACCGAGUGGGUGGAAGCUACCUGGAGCAGAACGAGAACGACGGCGAGAUCGAUGAUCUCCUUGCGUACCUCCAGCAGCAGCUGACUGUAGAGCAUUCCUCCCAGAAGAUAUGUCAGCCCGAGGUGGAGACAUCACAGGUGCAUAUUUCAGUGUUGCCUCUUGAGGUGCUGAUGUACAUCUUCCGCUGGGUGGUGAGCUCAGAUUUGGACAUGCGGGCGUUAGAGCAACUCUCUCUUGUCUGCAGGGGUUUCUACAUCUGUGCAAGGGACCCUGAGAUUUGGCGCUCGGCCUGUCUGAGGGUGUGGGGCCGGAGCUGCACCAAACUGCUGCCAUUCACCUCGUGGAGGAACAUGUUCUUAGAGCGGCCGCGUGUCCGCUUUGAUGGUGUUUAUAUCAGUAAAACAUCAUACAUCCGUCAGGGAGAGGAGUCACUGGACGGCUUCUACAGAGCGUGGCACCAGGUGGACUAUUACAGGUAUUUACGCUUCUUUCCCGAUGGUCAAGUAAUGAUGAUGACCACGCCUGAGGAGCCUCUGGCCACGGUUCCACGUUUGCGAAGCAAGAACACAAGGAUGGACUCCAUCAUGAUUGGCCACUAUCGGCUGUCCCAGGACACGGACAAUCAAACCAAAGUUUAUGUCGUCGUAUCCAAGAGAAAAGACGAGAAGGCGCCCGAGUACCAGAGGAGUCGGUUCUGCAGGCGGUACCCAGCCCCCGAGUCUGAACGCUCCUUCCAUGUGGGGCUGCAGCUUUCCUCUGGGGGGCGCCAGCGCUUCAACAAGCUUGUGUGGAUCCAUCACUCCUGCCACAUCACGUACAGAUCAACUGGAGAAACGGUCAUCACGGCGUUCGACCUGGACAAAAUGUACACACCGUUCUUUUUUGCCCGUGUGAAGAGCUACACUUCAUUCUCAGAGCGCCCCCUGUAGGGCCACAGGAGAGCUGCAUGUAAAACAUCACCUAUAACAAAUGGUUUACGCAUUACUGUCCCCAACAAACAUAUCACCCCCAAAUCCUCCUCGCUUUGAGCAUGAGGCUAAUGAAUGUAAAAUAAUUAAAUAGAUAAAUAAAUCAAUGUUUGCGUGAGGAUUUCUGGAAGAAGAAAAAAAAUCCUUAUGGCAGUGUAGCAGCAUUACCUUCCACGGUUUACUGUUUGAAAUGAUCACUGGCUUAUUGUUGUAACUGCAGAUAUACAGUAGAUUUAAAGCAGCUGUCUUUUCCUUACUUUUCACCAAUGCUGAAUGUUUCCACUUCGAUAUUUUUGUGAAUUUUGGUGUGUGUCUACUGACGACUGGAACAACCAAAUAAACAAUGUUGAAGGUU